AUGUCCAUAUCUAAGAUAGACUACCGAUACAAGAUAAUUGUCCUUGGCGAAAGUGAUGUUGGGAAGACGUGCUUGCUUCACAAAUACAAGGAGGACGACUUCAAGCAGUCACUAAUGACAACUAUAGGUGUGGAUACUGUCUCUAAGAGUAUUGUUCUGGAUGGGAAGAAUAUAAUGCUGAAUAUCUGGGAUACAGCAGGACAAGAAAGAUUUUUUUCAAUAACAAAGAGCUAUUAUAGAAAUGCAGACGGAAUCCUGCUGGUAUUCGAUGUGAGUGAUGAAAGGACGUUUUCGUGUGUUGACAGAUGGGUUAGCAGAAUCAGAGAGGAAACAUCGAAUGUCCCGCUUUUUCUUGUAGGGAAUAAAAAGGACAAGGUGGCAAGCUCAACCUAUAAUGCAAUGGAAAAUAAAUUCAAGCAGAAGGCUGAACAGAUAGGCGCUCGAUAUUACACUACAAGCGCAAAGACCGGUGAGAACGUAAGCUGCAUAUUUGAAGACAUGGCUACAGAUCUAUUGGAAAAACAAGCACUUGGAAGGAGAUGGGAUCCUCAGAAUCUGUUUGUGCUUCCAAAGGGUACAAAAAGAGAUAGAAUCAAGCACAAGUGUUGUUUUUGA